GCCUUGGUUCGGUGGCUUUUGCUCAGUCAGUCAGUCGGAGGCACGUCGGAGGGAGGAGAGCGAGGGAGGCGAGGAUACUUCAUAUUUCUAUGAAAACAUGGAGCUUCGUCGCCUCAACUUUUUUGUUCUUUUACUCGCCAACGCCGUGUUUGUCAGCCUCCAGUCCAAAGAACAAGUAUUGCUGGACAUGAGGUCUUCGGGAGGAGAGCUGGGCUGGCUGACGCUGCCAUAUGAGAACGGGUGGGAGAUCGUCCAGACAGUGGUGAACAGCUCACUCUUCUACACUUACAGCGUUUGCAACAUAGAAUCCACAGAUCAGGACAACUGGUUACGCACCACAUUCAUCCAGCGGCGUCCGGGCACCACUCGCGUCUCUGUGGAACUCCGCUUCAUUGUGCGCGACUGCAACAGCUUCGACGGCGCGUCCGUGUCUUGCAAGGAGACUUUCAAUUUCUUUAUCUACGAGACUGAUGCCGACGUUGGCACCAACUUCCGCAAGAGCCAGUUUCGCAAGGUGGCCACCAUUGCUCCCGACGAGGUGACGCGGGAUCAGACGCUCCUGGUCAACACCGAGACGAGGACGGUGGGCCCGCUGUCUCGGAAGGGCUUCUACCUGGCGUUCCAGGACAUGGGCGCCUGUGUGGGGCUCCUCUCGGUGCGUGUCUACUACAAGACGUGCCCGUCCACCGUGCAGAGCUUGGCGUCUUUCCCGGAAACGGUGGCAGAUGCUUUGCGGGAGGUGGAGGGCGCCUGCGUGGAUAAUGCCGUGAGUCAGUCCACCCCACGCAUCUACUGCACCGCAGAGGGCGAGUGGGUGGUACCCGUGGGCCAGUGCCAGUGUCUCGCAGGCUACGAAACCACCGGGGAGGCGUGCCAAGAAUGCAAGCCUGGCUACUUCAAGCCAACCGUGAGUGCCGAUCUGUGUCUGGUGUGUCCUGCCAACACGAAGCCCUCCAUGGCCGGCGCCAGUCUCUGCGAGUGCGAGGACGGGUUCUUCCGCUCGCCAUCAGACCCGCCCACCUCGCCGUGUUCCGCUCCACCUAGCGCUCCCCGUGACCUGACAGCCACCACCCUGUCUGCGGAUGGCCGGCUACAGCUGUCCUGGAGUUCGCCGCUAAUGACUGGGGGCCGCGCCGACCUCACCUACAGCGUACUGUGCGAGCAGUGCGAUAGGGUCUCGUGUGUCCCCUGUGGCGAGAAGGUUCGCUUUGAGCCAGGGUCCGCAGACCUGUGGGACACAGAGGUUGUCGUCACCGACCUGGACUCUCAUCUCAACUACACAUUUACGGUGGAGGCGCACAGCGGGGUGUCCCAGUAUGGUGGUGCCAGGCCUACUGCCACCAUAACUACUGCUCUGGACUACACUGAUCCCCCAAAGGUGACGUUGAUCCAUUUGGAUGAUCGCAGCCCCACCAGCUUGUCUCUGUCAUGGGCUCUGUCUCGCCGACCUCCAGCGCACAUCAGUCAUCGCUAUGAGCUCAUGUACCGCAGAAAAGAUGACGACGGAGUGCGUGAUGUAACCACCUACACAGUCCUGAUCCUGGACAAGAGCUCCGUGCACAUUAACGACCUUACUCCAGACACGACCUACAUGUUUAGGGUGCAGGCUCUCAGUCCCGAGGGGAACCCCGGAAGCUACAGCACAGAGUAUGAAUUCCACACACCGCCACUAGCCGAAUCACAGAUCCAGAGUCCCUCCACUAUGGUGAUGGGAGCAGUUGCUGGAGUCGCAGUUGUUCUGCUCGUAGUUGUGGCUGUCCUGUUGCUACGUAAGAGGCGGCUGAGAUCUCAUGGUCGAGGAGGACCUGAGGAUCCCUACUUUUCAUCAGAUCAGUUGAAGCCUCUAAAAACCUACGUGGAUCCACAUAUGUACGAGGACCCCAACAUCGCCAUCCAAAAGUUUGUCACGGAAAUUGACCCGAAUGCCAUCAGCAAGCAAAAAGUAAUCGGCGUGGGUGAGUUUGGCGAAGUGUUCCGAGGCGUGAUGAAGUCCCCCGCCCGAGGGGAGGUGGCCGUAGCCAUCAAGACCCUCAAGCCAGGCUACUCCGAAAAGCAAAGGCAAGACUUCUUGAGCGAGGCCAGCAUCAUGGGCCAGUUCUCGCACCCCAACAUCAUUCGUCUGGAGGGAGUCGUCACCAAAUUCAAGCAUGCCAUGAUAGUGACUGAGUACAUGGAGAACGGAGCUCUUGACAUCUUUCUCAAGGAUCGCGAUGGUGAGAUUCCAGCCUACCAGCUCGCAGGAAUGCUGCGCGGAAUUGCCGCCGGCAUGAAGUACCUCUCAGACAUGAACUACGUGCACCGGGACCUGGCGGCGAGGAACGUUCUGGUCAACAGUGACCUGGAGUGCAAAGUGUCCGACUUUGGGCUGUCACGGGUCCUAGAGGAUGACGCCGAGGGGACGUAUACAACCAAAGGAGGUAAAAUCCCCAUCCGCUGGACGGCCCCUGAAGCAAUUGCCUAUAGGAAAUUCACUUCAGCCAGCGACGUGUGGAGCUUUGGCAUCGUCAUGUGGGAAGUCAUGGCCUUUGGCGAGCGGCCCUACUGGGACAUGAGCAACCAUGAGGUCAUGAAAGCUAUCAACGAGGCCUUUAGGCUGCCCGCCCCCAUGGACUGCCCCUCUGCCAUUUACCAGCUCAUGCUCCAGUGUUGGCAACACGACCGCUCCAAGAGGCCUCGCUUUACUGACAUCGUAAACAUCCUGGACAAGCUGCUUCAGAGUCCUGAGUCUUUGAGCACUAUCGCAGACUUUGAUCCACGCGUGUCCAUCCGCUUGCCCAGUACCAGCGGCUGCGACGGCACCAUGUUCCGCUCAGUUCCAGAGUGGCUGGAGUCUAUCAAAAUGAGCCAGUAUAACGAGAGCUUUGCCCGGGCAGGGGUCUCCACCAUGGAGCAGGUGCUGACCCUGAGGCACGAGGACAUCAGGAACAUCGGGGUUCGCUUGCCAGGCCACAUGAAAAGGAUCGUCUACAGCAUCCUUGGCCUCAAGGAUGAAUGUAGCUCUCUCAGCGUGUUCGCAGUUUGACUGCCGCAUUCCCGCACACUAACGUGCAUUGCAAGCGAGACGCCUGUAUUUAACCUUGUGGUUGAUGAGGACUGAAAGUGCAGGGGUAGCUUCUCCUGCUGUUAAAAACAAAACAAAACAAAAAAUGCAUUGUGGCAUGACUGAACAGGAACCUGGAGGCCACACCAACAAGGAAUAAGACUGACAAAAACUCCCUUAUGCAAGCUUGGUUUGAGCAAACUGAAACAAAGUGGAGAAGAAACGAGAGCGCUUGGGCUUGUGAUGAUCCGAAUAACGCUCUUUGUGAUUAAGGGCACCUUUUUUUGUUCAAAUAUUCAGGAUCUAAACAUUUAUUUUUGUACGUUUUCUGUAAUCGAACUGUUCGCAAAGAUUGUUCCGCUCAGGGUAAAGAAUCACACGUUCUUAUAAGAAUUUUUGUAGUUUGUGCUCUGUCUCGCAUCUUAACUCAUUCACUACCACACAUCAUGUCACAAGACAUACCCUUCUUGAAGCGCUACAGAACAUUGUGUUCUAUGGCUACAUGAACACAGAACUUAGAUUCCCAUCUUUCAUCUUAAAUAAAAAUGUGCUUUUUUGCUUACUUUUUUCUUCUUUAGUUUUGAGAAGUUGAACAUCAUAAACAUAUUAUACAUCUUUGGUAGUGAAUGAGUUAAUCAAAUCAUGUUGUUUACAUGUCUUAAUACAGCUGUAAAUGUUUAUUUAAUAUUUAUUUUAUAUUUAUGUUGUUACACCAAGAGGAAUUCUAAUGUUGAGCAUGUUAUGUCUGGCAAUUGAUUUUGGAGUGUAAAUAAAACCAAGAGUUGCCUUUAUGGUUGUUGAAUAUUCAUUAUAAAAUAUGAAAGAAAUACUACAAGGCUAUAAUUUUCAAACUACUGU